GAUUCCUACAGGAAGCAAGUAGUAAUUGAUGGAGAAACCUGUCUCUUGGAUAUUCUUGAUACAGCAGGUCAAGAGGAAUACAGUGCAAUGAGGGAUCAAUAUAUGAGAACAGGGGAAGGCUUCCUCUGUGUAUUUGCUAUAAACAAUACCAAGUCUUUUGAAGAUAUUCACCAUUAUAGGGAACAAAUAAAGAGAGUUAAAGACUCUGAAGAUGUCCCAAUGGUGCUAGUAGGAAACAAAUGUGAUUUGCCUUCCAGAACAGUAGAUACAAAACAAGCUCAGGAUUUAGCAAGAAGUUACGGAAUUCCUUUCAUUGAAACAUCAGCAAAGACAAGACAGGGUGUCGAUGAUGCCUUCUAUACAUUAGUUCGAGAAAUCAGAAAACACAAAGAGAAGAUGAGCAAAGAUGGUAAAAAGAAGAAAAAGAAGACAAAGACAAAGUGUAUAAUUAUGUAAAUACAAUUUAUCCUUAUUCUUAAGAAGUACUUAAGUAAUUUUUGUACAUUACACUAAAUUAUUAGCCUUCGUUUUAGCAUUACUUUAUUUUCUGCUUCAUGAUCCUGUUAGCUUUACCUGAAUGCUUGUUUUAAAUGACAGUGGAAACUUCAUUCCUCUUAAAGUGCCAGUAUUCUUUGACUGUUGGUUCUUGAACUAGCAACGCCUGUGAAAAAAACAAACACC